ACAAUCACUCUCACUCCUUUUUCUCUCUCACCUCUUUUCUUUCGCAAAUUCUCUCCGCCAUCGUUAGGGUUUCAGAACCCAGUUUCUAUUGAAUCGCGAUUCGUGUGCGUUCUCUCGGCCGCCGAAGGUGUCGCAACCCGUUCGUUGAAGCUCUAGGGUUUGCGGAAGCGUCUAUCGAUCGCCUUUCGUCUCUGGAUUUUGUCGAUCGGGGUCUCUCAGGUGGGUUUCUUCAGAUCGCCGAUAUUCCGAUUCGUCGUUCGUCCGCUCUGUCGCCGGGUGCUUUUAGGGUUUUCUUCGUUAGGGUUUCGUCCGUGUGUUUACUCUGUCGCCGCGUUCUUUGUUUGUUUCAGUGCAAGGAUGGUGAUGAUCCGUAAUCCACAAGCAGCUGGAGAAGGAAUGCCGAUGAAGAGUAGUCGCAGCAGUGUGUGUCGCUACUGGAGACAAGGAAGGUGUAACAGAAACCCUUGUAGGUUCGUGCACGGAGAUCCGCAGCCGGCUGCAACGAAGGUGGUGGAACCUCUGCCGCCAUCUUCGAAUUGUCAUCGUUCCAAUGUCUAUCGUGCACCUCAAACUCAAAAGACUCAAGCUUUGGCUCCUGGUGUUCUGAGGAGGAAGCUAUCAUCCCCUGAAGAAGAUAGGGUCUCCAAGAGAACCAAAAGCACUGAGGUAGUUGCUGCCACAUCCCAGAAGAGUCAAGAGAGAUCUGUUGAUCUCGAACUCCCAUCUCAAUCCCCAUCUGAACCAGCUGCUGAAAGCACUACUAGUUCUCUGAAGCCAGAAGAUGAAGCUGCUGCUGUAGUUGUCGUCCCCACUGCUAGUGAACGCACUGAAGAGAAGGAGACUGCUAGUUCUCCGAAGCCAGAAGCAGAAGCUGCUGCUGUAGUUGUCGUCCCCACUGCUAGUGAACGCUCUGAAGAGAAGGAGGCUGCUUGUUGUCAAGAUUGGAUGUCUGGAAAUUGUGGCAGAGGGGAGAGCUGUCAAUUCCUACACUCAUGGUGCCGUGGAGAUGGAUUUUCAAUGUUAGCAAGACUAGUUGAAGAAGAGCGUGACGUUGAAAAGAAGUCUAUUUCUGGGAUUGGGUAUCCUGCAGGAUCUGACAAGCUAUAUUCAGCAACCAGUGGUGGAGUGGUACGUGCUUGGGAUUGCCAUACUGGUUUGCUUGCCGGGACUGCGAAUGUUAGUGACUACAAGAUCGGAUGUUUGAUCAGCGAUGGAGAUUGGGUGUUUGUUGGUUACCCCAAUGGUGUCAAAGCAUGGAACUUUAAAUUAGGGGUUUAUCAUGACCUCACAAGUUCAAAUGGUCAAGUCAAUGCCUUGGAGUUUGGGUUGGAUGCCUUGUAUGCUGGAGCUGAAGAUGGUGCAAUUUUGGUUUGGAAAGGAUUUGCUGAUCAGCAGGCCAAUCCCCAAUUUCAGCAGCCUGCUACUUCCCUAAGAGGCCAUGGAAGUGCAGUUACUUGCCUCAGAGCUAGCAUAAAUGGUGAUUUGUAUAGAAGAUUGUAUUCUGGUUCGAUGGAUGGGACAAUCAAGGUGUGGGAUUUGAACACCGAGGAGUGCAUUCAAACACUCAAGGCACACGAUGGUGCUGUGACGUCUGUUAUCUGCUGGAAUACGGCCCUGGUGUCUUGCUCACUGGAUAAGAAGGUCAAGUUCUGGGGUUGCGCUGAAGAUGACAGUGAUGAUAUAAGCCUUUUGUACACACAUGAAGAGGAAAGUGCUGCAGUUGCUCUUGGUGGGAUGAAUGAUUCCGAAGGAAAACCAGUCUUGUUCUGUUCGUGGAGCAACUGUAGUGUUGGGUUAUACGAGUUGCCAACACUCGAAGAGCGUGGAAGGAUUUACUCACAGAAGGAAGUAAGAGCAAUUCGAAGUGGGCCUGACGGUUUGUUUUUCACAGGGGACGCAAAUGGUGUCGUCAGCGUCUGGAAGUGGGCCAAAGCUGAUGCUGCUUGAUUCUUUGCUUCCAUUUUCCUCAAUUGUACACAGAGAGUUAUAUCUGAAGUUAGAAUUUUGACAUGUAAAGUCACGACAUGGGAUUCCAUUUCAUUGUUGGAACCCAGAGUAGGCUACCGCGCUGAAUUUUUUCAAUGUAUCAGUGUGGCAGUGCCAUAGAAGAAGCAACAAUCAGUUGCUUCUGAUUCUUUUGUAUCUAUGUACCGCAAACAAAGUAAAUACAAAUUAGUACAUAAG